AUAACUCAAGAACGCUUGGGCCUAGGAUCAUGAAACUUCAUAGGUACAUUGAUCAUGACUCGCAGAUGACCCCUAUUGAUUUUGAGGUCACUAGGUCAAAGGUCACGGUGACCAGAAAUAGUAAAAUGGUUUUUGAAUGAUAACUCAAGAACGCAUACGCCUAGGAUCAUGAAACUUCAUGGGUAGAUUGAUCAUGACUUGCAGAUGACCCCUAUUGAUUUUGAGGUCACUAGGUCAAAGGUCAAGGUCACGUUGACCCGAAAUAGUAAAAUGGUUUCCGGAUGAUAACUCAAGAAAGCAUACGCCUAGGAUCAUGAAACUUCAUGGGUAGAUUGAUCAUGAUUCGCAGAUGACCUCUAUUGAUUUUGGGGUCACAAGGUCAAAGGUCAAGGUCACGGUGACCCGAAAUAGUAAAAUGAUUUUCGGAUGAUAACUCAAUAACGCUUUUGCCUAGGAACAUGACACUUCAUAGGUACAUUGAUCGUGACCCGCAGAUGACCCCUAUUGAUUUUCAGGUCACUAGGUCAAAGGUCAAGGUCACAGUGACAAAAAUCGUAUUCACACAAUGGCUGCCACUACAACGGACAGCCCAUAUGGGGGGCAUGCAUGUUUUACAAACAGCCCUUGUUUUAAAUCGCAUCAGAUAGUCAAAAAUUUAAUAAUGCAAUAACCCAACGAAUAUAUUCUUAUAAUUAUCCCCCGCCAGAGGCGGAGGGAUAUUGUUUUGGUGUUGUCCGUCCGUCCUUCCGUCCGUCCCGCACUUUUGUGUCCGGAGCCAUAUCUUGGAAGUGCUUUGAUUUCAUUGAAACUUGGUAUGAGUAUAUAUAUGCAUAAGAGGAUGAUGCACGCCAAAUAACAUUGUACACCAUCUGUUAAAAACAGAGUUAUGGCCCUUUGUAUCUUGAAAAAAUGCUUUUUACUAUAGGCACUUUUGUGUCUGGAGCCAUAUCUUGGAAAUGCUUUGGCGUAUUUCAUUGAAACUUGGUAUGAGUAUAUAUAUGCAUAAGAGGAUGAUGCACGCCCAAUGGCAUUGUACACCAUCUGUUAAAAACAGAGUUAUGGCCCUUUGUAUCUUGAAAAAAUGCUUUUUACUAUAGGCACUUUUGUGUCCGGAGCCAUAUCUUAGAAGUGCUUUGGCGGAUUUCAUUGAAACUUGGUAUGAAUAUAUAUAUGCAUAAGAGGAUGAUGCACGCCAAAUGGCAUUGUACACCAUCUGUUAAAAACAGAGUUGUGGCCCUUUGUAUCUUGAAAAAAUGCUUUUUACUAUAGGCACUUUUGUGUCCGGAGCCAUAUCUUGGAAGUGCUUUGGCGGAUUUCAUUGAAACUUGGUAUGAGUAUAUAUAUUAAUAAGAGGAUGAUGCACGCCAAAUGGCAUUGUAUACCAUUUGUUAAAAACAGAGUUAUCGCCCUUUGUAUCUUGAAAAAAUGCUUUUUACUUUAGGCACUUUUGUGUCCGGAGCCAUAUCUUGGAAGUGCUUUGGCGGAUUUCAUUGAAACUUGGUAUGAGUAUAUAUCUUCCGCCAGAGGCGGAGGGAUAUUGUUUUGGCGUUGUCCGGCUGUCUAUCCGUCGUCCGAUUUGCACCCAUCCUCAAACAAAGCAUAUGUUGCAGGGGAUGUCAAUUCUACGAAUUUGCUUGUUUUAGUUAUAAUUAAACAUUUUUACCGAUUUUACAUAGUAGGGUAAGGAGCGGAUGCAUCCAAAUUCGCACGUUUUAACGAAAUAUUACGUAAAUAUAACACCAAAUGCAUUUGCAUUAUAAUUACAAUACUUCUCUCCUUUCAUUGCCACUGAUUUGGUGGUGCAGACAUGUCCAUGCAGAUCAGUUUACAUAUUAUUAUGAUAUAUUUAUGAUCGUAUUUGUUCUAUUAACCACUCUUGAUUUCCUGUAAAACACCUGUAUAUUUGUGCAGAAAUAAGUAUGGAUAUGCAGUCAACAUAUCACUUUAUGCAUGAUUGUGAUGCAAACUCAUCUGCUAUUUGGCAUCUCGAAUCUAACUGCAGCAUUGAAUAAAUGGCUGAUGGAGGUACCAGACGUGAUGUACCAGGAUGGGUCCCUAGACAGGGCAGUGUGUCAAGCACUCACGAUGUGUGUCGAUUCGAUUUUGCCUCAGCAGAGACGUGUACUUUGAUGAAUGUUCUGGGCUAUGGGACUCACAUCCGGCAGGCGCGAAGAGACGCAUACAAGGCGCGUGAUAAGAUUUUAACUGCAAGGUCGCAUGGUAGUGGAAAGAUGAUCACCACGGGUAGCAAGGCUGAGGGUCUGACCAGCUACCUGGAGAGUGAUAAAGACAUCAUGAUUGUUACAAAACGUGUCAUCUGUUUAGAAGAAGGAGUUGAUUCAAGUAACGUUCCUGGCGAGACAAACAUAUUCAGAUCAUGCAGUCGUAUUAGUUACCCUGGACAUUGUAGACUGCUACUUGAGAGAUACGGUACACAUAUUCCUGCUGUAGUGUACAAUGCCUUGUGUGAUGAUGGAAAUGGUCGCCGACUCUUAAGCAAUGACUUAUAUGUAAAUCAGUUGUUGAACGAAACUUAUGACGGCAUAGUACAGCAUGAGCGUGCCGGACCGUCAACGCCAACAACAGUUGAUGGUGUUAUACACCAUGAUUUUGUGUUUGCACUACAUUUUUACUGCCCCAGCAUCCUUACAAGAUGGGCGACAAGACCCCGCAACUGGCCAUCACCUGACGUCGUUCAGGAGGUUGAAUCACUAGGAGCAUUUGUUUCUCCUGUUGGAGUUAAAGGCAGCGAUUAUGAACAUGUUGAAUGGAGAAUAUGUUUCAACACCGGGGAAAACGUACUGAUAAAUAAUCUUUCCGACACUCAGGUUAAACUAUAUGUUCUAUUAAAAAUGGUGAAGAAUGAUGUACUUAAACCACAAAAGAAAGAAGUUACAUCGUUCACGGUGAAGAGCAUUGUAUUAUGGAUAGCAGAAAAUAACCCGCAGUCAAUGUUUCAUGAAAGAAGUCUGUUUCACUGGCUGCAUGAAGGAUUAUAUGCGCUAAGAGUUGCUAUUGAUACGCAACAGCUGCCAUAUUACAUGAUUCCAGAGCGAAAUCUAAUGGUAGCCUGUGCUCUGGAGCAUGAGCAGAAGCUUUCUUGGAUAGCUACGAUUAAUGAAAUGAUUGAAGAAGGUCCAAGGAUCAUAUUGAGACUACCGAAGAUACGACAAGCUCUUAUAGCUCAUCCUGAGCCACUACAAUGGUACAACGGGAGGAGGAUAGAGAUGGAGAUGCUGGUGCUGAUAAUCCAAAACAGACAUGCACUAGGCAUGAGUAGAGAGACGGAUGCUAUUAUACAGGCAGCAUCCAGACGUCAAGCGGAGAUUGUGAGGGAGGUUAAGAUGAGGAUGAUUAUGGAAGGGGGUCGAGGAAAUAAUCUAUACGGUAUAUGGAUUAGUAUGCUGAUGUGAAACGAGUACACAUAUCAAACGCCAUUUGACUUGCACUUGAAACUCACAUAUAUAGAUGUAAGGAGUUAUCGUCUGUUGGUAAUUGAUAUUCAUUGUUUGGCAGAAUACAAUGGCAAUGUAAACUUCGUUAACAAAACAGCUCAUAUAAAAUUGUGAAAAAUGUAUUGUUCCUAUAAUGUAUAUGAAACGACGAAACGAUGAUGAAGUGCUGAUUUAAAACAUUGAUGACAUUUCAAGAUAAAAUAAUUUUCAAACAAGUAAAAUUGUAUCCCCAUGUUGCAUGCUAUCUAGGGUCUUUAACUAUGUUCAUAUGUGUUUUGCUGGACAUGCCUUAAUGUUCGAGUUGUAACCCAAUCAAGAUAACGUUAAAUGUGCAUGCAGGUUCAAUAUGUUUGUCAAUAUAAGGGAACAACAUGCCAAUAUUUCUCCAUUAAGUAUAAUGAUGUGUUUUUGUACUUUCUAAUUAAAAGUAAUUUUGGGAACAUUUCAUCGAUACUACGAAACGAUGCACCCUUGAAGCAUGCUCUUCAUUAGCUUGUACAUGUAUGUCAUGGCGAUGUUCAUUUCGAGAUAAAAGGGUUGACAAUAUGGUAAGAAGAAUUGUGUUCUUUUAUCAAACGUGUGCACAUGUAUUUUGUUAAGAUGUUGCUUCAUAUGUCAACCUGAAAUGUUAUUUCGAGAUACGAUUUCAUGAAUCUGACUGCGGAAUUGUAUAUGUGGUUAUUGCGUGCGCUUGAAAAUCAUUUACGCAAAUUUACUAAGAAUUUAAUAAUACAGUUAGUAUAUAUUUUCCUUUUUACCCAUUUUGUUGUUGAAGCUUAAUUUUGCAGUUGAUUUAUCAAAUAGUUUAUAAUGUAUAUUAUCCAUGAAUCAUAUAUUCUUUUUCUUUUUUUGUCAUAAAUAUAGAUACAUUUUGACGUGUUUGUAGUUCCCUAUUGAAUCAAGUUAAUUUGAAGAUCUUUCUUAGUAUGUUGAAUUCUAAAAGGCCUUAUUUUCACCAUUUUAUACUGGUGAGCAACCUGAAUAGCUCCCUACCAUUAUACAACUACAAUUUUCAUACCGGUCGACCCCAAAGAACCGCUACUUGAACACGAUCAUUCUCACCAGAUUAUCGUCCUUGACCAGGAAUCUCUUCGUUGUCUCCCUUGAUGAUCUGGAGGAAAGCCAGAGCUUCUAUCUGGCCCCAAAGUUGGGCGCGACGUUAACGUUUAACUAAACAAGAGCACCACAUAACGGGUGCCAACGCUCGGCUGCUGGUGCAGUUUUGAAUAAAUGAAAGAUUGUCAGAAUUUCUUUUUUAGAGGUAACAGUGACCUUGGCCUUUGACCUAGUGACUCCAAAAUUGGUGUGGCAUGUAGAACUCAUCAAGGUGCAUCUACAUAUGAAGUUUUAAAGUUGUAGUGGAAGCACUUUGAUUUUAGAGCCAAUGUUAAGAUUUUAGUACGGCGGACGGCGGAAAGACACAACAGCCGAGCUAAAAACGGGUCUUGUGAAGGAAACGAUGGUUUAAAUGAACAGUUGACUGUGAAAAGAUAUAUAUGACAAGUUAAAUGUGAAACAUUGAAUGGUAAUAUUUCGUGUGAAAUGUUUAAUAUGAACGUGUUAUUGUAAACGAAACAAAAGUUCAAUGUGAACGGUAGAAUGUGAAAUGUUUAAUUUCAAAUGUUAGUUAAGUAGAGUUUGAUGUGAAGUGCUUAAUUUGUGAUUUUCCUUUAGCUGUUAGACUUUAAUUUGUACAGCUGUGCAUGAAUACAUUAUUUAUUCCAAUAAAUGAUUACAAACA